AAUGACACCCCCGGGCUCACUGGCAACUGUGAACGUGACACCUGUCGCUAGGCAGCAGCCAAGAACGGUGGUCUAGAUGGAACAGAUUAAAAGGGCAAAUAAACUGUUUACCAAUGAUUGCAUAUUUCUGAAGAAAACUUUGAACAUCCCAGUUAUUUCAGAGAAGCCUUUGCUGUUUAAUGGACUUAACUCAAUUGAUUCUCCAGAAAGUGAAACUGUCCAUGGCCUUUUUUCUCACGAAGAAGGGCUGGUCGCAGUUGUGGAAGACCCAUCUUCUCCCAGUCCUCUGGCAUCUCCUGUUCAGCCAGUGCCGCCCGAGGAAGUGUCAGCCAGAGAUUUCCUGCAGAGACUCGACUUGCAGAUUAAGUUAUCAACACAGGCAGCCAGGAAACUAAAAGAAGAGAGCAGAGAUGAAGAUAAUCCCUACGCAACUUCACUCUAUCAUAGCUAGAUGAUGCUAUUGCACCUGGAUUAAGAGAUAAUUGAAUCAUAAGGAAACCAACAACUGAAGAUUCAAAAGCACCUCUUUUGGAUUCUCAGAGUGUACAUCUUUAAAUCACAAUUAAGUAGUUCCAUUGCAGUUGCACUGAAGUGAUUGGUUCCCUCUGGCUUUCUAUAAUUUUAAGUCUGCAUUAUGGCAUGAUAACAAAAGCUCAUCACUUUUGUAGGUGCUGGUAGUUUUUAAACUUGCUUUUGUAAAUACUAGUUGACAUAAAGCAUCAAAAACUACUUACAUAGUCAAGCUAAAAACAUUGGUUUAUCUCUUGAGAAUUCCUAAUUAUGUGAAAAACAUGGUUGCUGUUUGAGUGGUGCGGACAUUGCUAUGUGUUUAUAAUUAAGUGCUAUAUAUAUAUAUUUCAAUAUGUAUUACAUAUUCUGUAUUAAUAUAGAGAACCAAAUUUUGUCUGCUAUUUUGUACAAGUAAGCUACCAAAGUCUGAAAAAAUAAACUAUGUUUUUACAUUUGAGUCUCCAAUUUUUUUAACAAAUGAGAAAUUUUUUAUUUUAAGUUAUAUUUUUGAAAUAGUGACAGCUUUUCCUCUACUUUUAUGGUUUUUUAUUAUUUUAAUUGCAAUUUUGAAAAGUUUCAGUAAUCUAAAAACAAAUCAAUUGCAGUUACUAGUAUCCUAUGCACUCUCAUAAUAUUUGACUUAAUGUGUUUCACAUAUAGUGAGAACAUGGAAUAUGAUCAAUAGAAGAAAAAAGCAAUAUCAUGGCCUGACACAUUGAUGACUUUUAGUUUAAAUUUCAUUGAUUAGUCACUUUAUAGAGUGUUUUGUAGUCACUGAAUGAAGGGUUUGGUUUUUAUAAUUUCAAUUGUUUUACUUUUAUUAUACGUAUAGAUUACAGCAGGAAACCUUAAGCAAUACAUUCUUUACAGUUAAAUAUGUUUUCGUCUCAAUUUCUAUUCAAAUGCUGAGUUAAAUAAAUCUUUAAGCUUUCA